AUGGAUGGUAGGAUCUGGUGGUUCUUGUUCUUCGCUGUUAUACCUGUUUGCAGAUCAUGGCACCCAGUGGUGGACAGACGGGAUGAACGGGAGAUGAGGAAACCCCACUACCACUCCAAGCGACACAUGCUGCCGAACGACGACACCAAAAAGAGAUCCACGACACUGAAACCAAGGGAAUUGAGGAAAAAACCAUCUGGCCACCUCACACCACUCGAUGAAGAUGACAUAGAAAAUGAUGAAUUCGUCUCCGUAGCCAUAGGUCCUCCACCCAUGCGUCCUAAACCAAGCAAAGCACACUGGAAACCUAACAUAAGACCUAAUAAUAAUGUCCCAAAUGUCACUUCAACAAACCUAGUUAAAGAUAUUUUGAUACAACUGGGCAGAGAGUUUUUAACACAUCAAGUAAGUGAAGAAUUUGUAUUCGGACAAUACGUAGGCAAUUCUAUGAAGAAUUUAACCAGUGAUCUUAAAUUGAAGAUGCAACAUGAGAUACUGGAUGUCAUAGUGAAAUACCAGAGAGCUAAUGCUGGUGAAGUGAAGCCUGAAGAUAAAUUGAUAAAUACAAUUCUUUCUAAAGAUAAGAAAUUUUUUAACGAGACUGAAGAGGGAUGGCCGGAUUUUACUAAUUUAGCUAAAAUUGUUGGUUGA